AAGAAAAAAGCAAACCUGAAAGAACCAAAAAAGCAAAGCAUUACCCUUUCCCUUUCUCUCUCCCUCCUCCCUUUCUUCAGGAAACAACCAUAAUUCAUAAACCCUACGAUACAAGCAAUAAAACAAGCAUCACUCACAAAUCACAAUAGAAAGAUUGUCUCUCUCUCUCUCUCUCCACAGAAAAACAAGACUUGCAAGAUUUAACCAUGGAUGGAUCUGAGGCGCCAUACCCGAAAGACAACAGCUUCGAGAGAGUGACGUCGGCGUCAACCUCUGCAACGACGACGGGCGUGCACGUGACCGCCCUGGACGGCCUCGUCAACGUGAACUCGCUCUUCACCAUCGCCGUCUUCGUGGGGCUCUCCCUUACCACCCCUAAUCAGCAUAGCCUGGAGAACAAAACGGCCUGCGACGCUGGCAUCGACGUGGCGAGGAAGCUGCUAGUCUUCGAGGUUGUCUCCUUCAGCUUCUUCCUCUUCUCCUCCCUUGUCGCCCAGGGCCUGAAGCUGGCAAUCAACCUGCUCAACAGCAAGGACGUCGACGAGGUCUUCCGCGCCCACAUCAACCUCAAAGUCCUCAGGCUCGGCAUGAUGGGCUCCGCCAUCGGCUCCGUCAUGGGCUGCUUGUUCCUCAUGCUGUCCAUGGUCAACGUCAUCCAGAUCCGGUUGGGGAUGUUGUCGUGCGGGAGUAAAUCCACUGUCCAUGCCGUGGCGGCGUUGCUUAUCUUGGUUUCCUCUGCUCUUUUGGUUUAUAUUUCUACUGUCAUUUAUGCUUUUUUGCACUGAUUUUGAAAUCUCUCUCUCUCUCUCUCUCUAUGUGUACGAGUGUCUGAUUAAGUCCUCCUUGGUUAAUGGAAUGAGCAUGAUGUUGGCCUGA